AAUUGAUGUCCGAAAAAGUGAUUUCAAAACAUUGAUUGCGAAAAAUGAGUUGCGAUUGAAAUCAGUGUUGAGUUUUGUUUUCUUCGGCACUCAUUUUGUACACUAUUUUUAACCGCCGAAGAAGUGAUGGCCGAGAAGUUUGCAGCGGAACUGAUGUCGGGUGUGAUCGCCGGCCAGAGAGCGUCACUCUCUCGGGCCAUAACUUUGGUCGAGUCGAGCAAACGGUCACCACUCAGACGACAACUCUUGAGGAGAGUUAACGAUCAUAACGUGAAGACCGGACACAAGACGCUGAGGUUGGGUAUCAGCGGAGGUCCCGGCGCUGGGAAGUCGACGUUCAUCGAGUCGUUUGGCAUGAAUCUGAUCCAGAAGUACGACAAAAAGGUGGCCGUCUUAGCCAUCGACCCCUCGUCGGCCAUCAAUGGCGGCUCAAUACUCGCCGACAAGACCCGUAUGGCCCGUCUCUCCAGACAUCCCAUGGCCUUCAUUAGGCCCUCUCCUAGCAGUGGAUAUAUGGGUGGAGUCACACAGACUACCAGCAAUGCCAUCUCGUUGUGUGAGAGCGCCGGCUAUGAUGUGGUGAUCAUCGAGACGGUAGGUGUGGGACAGUCGGAGUACGAGGUGUCGUAUUUGUGUGAUUUGAUGGCACUAUUGGUGGCGCCGUCGGGAGGCGACGAAAUACAGGCCAUUAAGAAGGGAAUCGUGGAAAUGGCGGACAUUAUAAUAGUGACCAAAUCGGAUGGCGAUCUCGUGAGACACGCGCGUAAGAUGUCGGCCGAGAUUAUGUCGGCCACCAAAUUCAUCAAUUAUGGCGAAAGACCUCCUGUUAUCCGCUGUUCGGCCGUCACUAACGAAGGCAUUGACGACAUUUGGGCCAAAAUGGAGGCUUUGGUUGAGUGCGAAGAGAAGAAGGCAGAGAAACGCAACGAACAGAGAGUGAAACACUUGAAGAUUGGUUUAGUUAAUGAGUUCUUAACGGAAUUGAAUCGAAGGAUUCCUCUCGAGAAAUAUGAGGAACUCUUGAGAACCGAUGCGACGGUUAUUGUCGAAGAUAUCAUUGAGAAGAUCUUCGAUGAGGACCUCUUGAAUGGCAUUUCCGAUAUGCAUAGUAUGAAAGAGAGUUGAGAUUUAAUGACAUUUAUUUUAUGGUUAAUUUGUUUAACGAUUUUAAUUCAAUAUUAGAUAUUAUAUUAAUUGUUG